AUUAAAAUCAGUUUGAACUCAAUGGUGUCAGCGGUUAUAUUGAACCUGGGUGCCAACCCCGAAUCCAUUACCCAGUUUCACGAUGAGCUUGCCAAUGAAUUGCCCGAGUUAAGGGGUAAUUGGGGGUUCAGCUUCAAGAUCUUCAGAAACAAUCCAUAUUCAAUUCCGUCCGGCCAGCCCGAUUCUGAGGAGGUUUCCAAAGAGACACGCUUCCUUCACACAUUAUCUCCAUCGUACAUGAACGAUUUAUGUAUAUGUUUGAUCAAUCGGCGGUCUGUCAGUGUGUUCACCAACAUGAUUGAUGAAGAGAUCGGAGAUUUGAAAUUUGACACGCAGAUCAUGACGAUUCCAAAUGGCCAUUUGCACAAAGGAGCUGCCACGGGGCUCAGCGAUGUGUUCGACAAGUUUGCUGCCCAAAAAUUGCAGAGUCUAUGGACGUUGAAACAGAACGUAAGAGGUGAUGGAGGCCUGAUAUACCAGCUAGAGAAUGGUAACUUGACCAUCAAGACGUCCAAUGUCUUCCUACAUGGAAUUUUUAAAGGCUUACUAGUGGAGGUGAACGUAGAUGAUCACAUAGUAGAAAGCACCAGUUCCGAGUACUUGGUAGAGUUAUUUGACCGAAUAAUUAUUGAUUACAAGAUCCCCAAGGGGAAAAUGUGUUUCGAAUUAAUGGACUCAGAGAACCCUGAUGAGUUGGGUGACUUGUGUUUCCAGUACUCAGAGAUCUUGAAUUUCUAGAAACAUAAAAGUUAAAUGUACAUUAUCUAUGAGCUGUGUUAGCUUCUUCAGCGAUUGCAAAAAAAUUGAAAGAUUGGUAAAAUUCACAUAAACAAAAAGAAUUUGCAAAUGAUAGAUAUUUAGUGAACUUAUUCAAAAUUCCCAAAAAAUCGGCACUAAAAUAAACACACCCCACCAACUA